UCCGGUUUCUCUGACGUUACCGCGAGGCCAUAGUACGAGCACGCGCUGCUGCCUCUGCUGUCAUACCCUGUUGCUGCACGAGUGUAUCCGGUGCGCGCGCGGCGGUUCUGCUCCACAGGUUCGACCCGGUUCCGUUCUGACGUCAUGCCCACAGCCAGUGAGAAUGCUCUGUUUGGGAUGGGCAAUCCCCUGCUGGACAUCUGUGCCGUGGUGGACAAAGACUUUCUGGACAAGUUUGGCCUGAAGCCCAAUGAUCAGAUCCUGGCAGAGGAGAAACACAAAGUGCUGUUUGAUGAGCUUGUGAAGAAGAGUAAAGUGGAGUACCAUGCAGGCGGCUCCACACAGAACUCUGUUAAAGUUGCACAGUGGAUGAUCCAGGAGCCCCACAGGGUGGCCACGUUUUUCGGCUGUAUCGGGAAAGACCACUUUGGAGAGAUCCUGAAGCAGAAAGCAGCUGAAGCUCAUGUGGACGCUCAUUAUUACGAACAGACCGAACAACCCACUGGAACCUGUGCAGCCUGCAUCACCGGGGACAACAGGUCUCUGGUUGCGAACCUGGCAGCUGCAAACUGUUACAAUAAGGAGAAACAUUUGGAUCUGGAGAGUAACUGGAACCUGGUGGAGAAAGCGCGAGUCUAUUACAUCGCUGGUUUCUUCCUGACCGUUUCUCCACAGUCGGUGUUGAAGGUGGCCAAACAUGCCAGUGACCACAACAAGAUCUUCGGCCUGAACCUGUCCGCUCCCUUCAUCAGCCAGUUCUUCAAAGAGCCACUGAUGAACGUAAUGCCCUACGUCGACAUCCUGUUCGGCAACGAGACGGAAGCAGCUACCUUUGCAAAGGAGCUUGGGUUCGAGACAGAUGAUAUUGAAGAGAUUGCACGCAGGGUUCAGCUCCUCCCCAAAGUCAACAAGAACAGGCCGAGGAUCGUGGUCUUCACUCAGGGGCAGUAUGAUACCAUCGCCACUGUGGGUGAGAAGGUGACGAGGUUCCCGGUGUUGGAUAUUGAUCAGAACGAUAUUGUGGACACUAAUGGAGCAGGAGAUGCUUUUGUCGGAGGGUUCCUCUCAGAGCUGGUUCAGGAGAUGUCUCUGGAGCGGUGUAUCCAGGCUGGUCACUACGCUGCUAACGUCAUCAUCCGACGCUCCGGAUGCACCUUCCCCGAGAAACCAGACUUUCAAUAACACACCUCUCUCUCUCUAUCCAUUUUUUCUCCUUCAUUUUAAGUGACUCGUGUGCCUCUACCUUUGUUUACAGUUCUAUCCAGGGCAUUCUCAAGCAAAAAAAAACAAUUGCAAUGAUCGAACCUUGUUCAUUUGUAGAGUUCCUCUGUGUGUCAGUGACAGGAAGUGAUGCAUGAGCUCAGAUUUUAUACUUCUACACUCCUACAAGUCUUAAAGAAAGAUGAACACACUUUUUUAUUACUAUUAUUAAUAUUAUUAUUACUAUUAUUAUUAUUAUUAUUAUUAUUAUUAUUAUUAUUAUUAUAAGGUCCAAACGAUACAGAAUGCACUCAGGUGGAAUAAAUCUGUGGAAGUGUUGCUGUGAGGCAUGCUCGUGUCUCUGGAGGAACUGGGGAGAUUUUAAAGACUUUAAUCUUGAGUCUUAACUUAGCUGUGUCUACGUGUUUGUUUCCUGCAGCACACCAAACUCUUCAGAAACACGCACAAAUAUUAAAUAUGCAUGAUGUACAUCUUUACAAUGUCUUACAGUCAAACACACACCACACACACACACACACACUCCCAUUCUCUCUCUGAAAUAUGUAUAUAAUAUAUAUAAAUAAAUAAAUACACAUUCAAAUAAAGAUUUCAAUAUUC